AUGAAUUAAAAUACUACAGAAUUUGAUUAGCUUCAAAGUUUUGUUACAUCUAAUUUGGUUGAUCACCAGAAUUUAUAAUUAAACUUUGCGUUAUUAGCUGAUGAAUAAAAUGAAGUUAAUUAACUUAGUGAUGGUUUAGCUGGAUGCAUAAAUUUAGUUGACUUGAAACUUUUUCUCAGAUCUAGUUUUAUUGAAAAAUAAAAUUUAACCAAAAUAUUCUCUGCUUUAAUUAAAUGCUAAAGCCUCACCACUCUCAAUGUUAAUCUGGAUGGCAAUCUUAUUUGUGAUGAAGGAGCUUCUGCUUUAGGUUUAAUUUUAUCAAAAUGCAGUAAUCUAACUUCUUUGAUACUUGAGCUUUAUCGUAAUUAAAUUAAGAUAAAAGGAGCUAAUAGCUUAUAUUCUGGCAUUUCUAAAUGCUCUAAAUUAGUCAAUUUAGAAAUUUAUUUAGCAUUUCAAUAAGCUGAGUAAAUUUUGACUGAAGAAUCUCAUGACUAAAUUAACUAAAACACAAAAGAUUCUUUAGAUUUUGAUUUAACUUAAAUAACAAAUCUAACUUAAUUAGCAAUAGAUUUCAGAUACUUAAAGAUUGGAGAUGAAGGUUUAUAUCAACUAGGUUUAAUACUUUCAUAGUGCAAAAAUAUGGAAUGCCUAAAAAUGUAUAUUGAUCAAAACGGUUUCAGUGAAGAAUGCUUACCUUCUUUUUUCAUAGCUUUAUCCAAGUGUGUUAAGCUAACUCAUUUAACACUUUAUAUGACUUUAGAAAGUUGUUGUUAAUAAAGUGCAUUUAAAGUAGGAUAAACAAUAAGUGAAUAAUUAAAUACUUAAUUUUUAGAGCUAUGGUUUUAGGGAGAUGGUAAUUUAUAAAAUCUAAUAUCUGGAUUAUCUAGCAGUAAUUCUUUAUUAUCUCUAUAUCUUUGGCUUGACGAACAAUCAGUUUUAGAAGAUAAAUAUAUUUAGAAUAUUGCUGAUGCAUUGCUAAAAUAUAAGAAUCUUAAAAACAUCAAACUACUUUUUUACCAGGAAGAAAAAUAUGAAUAAUAGAUCAAGAAGCUUUUUGUUAAGCUCAGAAAAUUGAAAAGGCUGAUUAAUUUUGAUAUAGAAAUUGUUUGA